GGAGGCGAUGGCAGCCAAAUGCAUCUCACUCCCAUGGAUUUCUCAGCUCACCCCUUCCUUCUCCCAAUCUUGCCAGCCGGGCCGUGACAGGAAACCUUGCCCUGUGGCGGGGGCAGGCGAGUCACCCAGGCUAGAACAUGAUCUCAUUCCUUGCCGGCUCCAAACACAUAUAAAAUGUUGAACUGAGGCCUGCAACCGUAGAGCACAGACAGUUGACACUGGUCAUUGACUGGAGAUUUGAGCUGCCACAUAUACUUGACAAAUUAUGAUGGGUAUUCUACGAGUACAAGAGCUGGUUUCUGGCAAAGAAUCCGGAGAUGUGCAGUAUUCAGAGGGAGAAUACGAGACAUCCAUCAACCAGGAGAAACAAGAGGACCUGAGAUCUCACAAGGACAGCCUGGCUGACACCGAUGCCCCCGUGAAUUUAAAUGUAGACAAAUUUGACCAUCUGUGGUUAGAGACAAUUGAUGACCUCCAGAUUAUGCUGCAACUGAGGAAGUCGAGAAAGAGAGCAAGAAGAGUACAAGUUUGCAAGCCACCACCCGCACCCGAGACUGUGCCUUACUAUGUGGAUGAGGUGGACUUUUUCAAGGCCUGCGAAGAGAACAAACUGCCAUUGAUCGAGAGGUAUCUGGAAAAAUCAGGAGACGUCAAUGCUUGUGACAAUUUCAGACGUACAGGCCUGCACAGAGCUUGCACACAGGGACAUGUGGAUGUUGUGAAGAGGCUACUGGAGGCUGGAGCUUUAAUUGAGAACAAAGACAAGCUGGAUACCACUGCUGUCCAUUGUGCCUGCCGGGGAGGAAGCAUGCUUGUGUUAGAAGUGCUGCUCAACCACGAUGGCAGCUUCUCUGCCAGGGAUAAGCUACGCAGCACUCCCCUUCACGUUGCAGUGAGAACCGGACACUAUGAAUGCGCUGAACAUCUCGUCCACUGUGGAGCGGACAUCAAUGCCAAAGACAGAGAAGGAGAUACCCCCAUGCACGAUGCAGUAAGACUGAACAGAUUCAAAAUCAUCCAACUACUUCUGCUUCAUGGAGCCAAUCCAAAACUCAAGAAUUGCGAGGGAAAGUCACCAUUGGAUAGCACACUGGAGUGGCAGAGUGGGGCUAAAUCCAUUCUCAGCAACUUCAAGGAUGAUGCAAAAACUCCAGUCAAGUAAAGUCCAGUUCAAUUCAAUUGCAUUUUACACAGGUCUCAAACUCA